AUGAUUGUGGUAAUGAUGAUGAUGAUGUUUCGGCUCUUUCUGUUGAAGGCACGUAGAGCAUUUCGAACCCUUAAAGGAAUCAUCAGGGUGCAAGCAGUUAUCCGAGGUCACCUGGUCAGAAGACAAGCCGUGGCUACAUAUUCAUGUAUGUGGGGAAUUGUCAAGUUUCAGGCGCUUGUUCGUGGCCAGAAAGCUAGAUCUUUAGAUAAUGGGAUUCAGUUUCAUAAAACACAUAUGGAAGCAAGUGAUUCGGAAGCUUUGCAAUUGAGCACGUGUAGUUGGAUGAAUAAUCCCACAAAAUUAUUCAUCGUUGAUAAGCUUCUGGCUUCAUCACCAACUGCAUUGCCUCUGAUGAUACAAUAUGGUCCUGAGGAACCUAACUCCGCCAAGGUUUGGCUUGAACGCUGGCAACAAUUGCAAGUUUGGUCUCCUGGCUCACGAGCAGCUAGUGUAAUGGUUCCAAAAUCUAAGACAAAGAAGCGAAAUUAUGAAGCAGUGGCUGAAACAGAACCAGCAAAGCCAAAGCGAAGUAUCAAGAAACAAUCUGGCCGUGGAAAUGGCUCUAACCGUUCUACAACUGAAAGGGAGAAACCUAAACGAAGUGUGAGGAAGGUUUCCACGCUUAGUAAAGAUCGCCUGAGAGCUGAGAGUGACAAGGCUAAGCAAACUUCAAGAAAAAGUAGAAACGUCUCAAAGGAGGGAUCUCCUUCAGAGGUUAUAGAGGAGAAGCCUAGGCUUAGUCUUAGAAGAUCUUCUCUUUCAAACGGGUCAGGGAAAGCCACCCGUAAAUCUGCUGAGAAGAAGAGAGAUACUGUGCAGAUAGAGCCUGAAGUGAAGGUUUCAGAUGUUCUUGAAGGAGAACACGGUGUUGAGUCAGCUGAAAAGGAGAAGGAUACUGAGGAUUAUGUGCAGAUAGAGCCUGAAGUAAAUGUUUCAGAUGUUCUUGAAGGAGGACAGGGUGUUGAGUCUUCUGAAAAGGAGAAGGAUACUGCAGAUUCUGGGCAGAUAGAGCCUGAAGUAAAGGUUUCAGAUGUUCUUGAAGGAGGAUAUUUUGCUAUGUCUGCUGAAAUGGAGAAAGGUACUGCAGAUUGUGUGCAGGUACUAGAGCCUGAAGUAAAGGUUGCAGAUGUUCUUGAAGGAGAACACACUGUUCAGUCUAUGGAAAAGGAGAAGGAUACCACAGAUGUAGUUCCUAAAGAGUUUGAUGUCGAAAAAGAAGAGAAUUCACCGGACGAUGAAAACAUAACUGCAGAGACCAAUGAUAAAGGUGAAGACCUCAAAUGCUCGGAUGUGAAGGUAAGCUCCAAGGACGGUUGUAUUGGUUCUUAUAACACAAAGCCAAGUGAAAGACGAGUGUCACUGCAUGCAAAUACUGACAAUCAAGAUGACGGGAGGAAAAUCCCCAGCUACAUGGCCCCGACUGCAUCUGCAAAGGCCAGAGUGAAAGGAGAAAGUUCUCCGAGAUUGUCCCAAGAGACAUUGCGGCGCCAUUCACUGCCUUCUUCAGCCAAUGGCAAGCUGAGUACUACUACUAUGUCUCCAAGAGCUCACAGGCUUCUCCUAGCCUCAGCCAAAGGAUCUAUGAACGGCGACAAAUCUAUUUCGUCAUCUAAGAACAUAAGUGAUAAGUCAAACAGAACCGAGUGGAAACGAUGA